AUGCAAGCGCUCCCGGACACGCACCGAGCCGCCACCGCCGCGCUGCUGGCGCUGCUGCUGCUGCGCGCCUCCGCGCAGGACUUGCUCAUCGGCGUGGUGGAGCAGCCGGGCCGCGCGCUGCAACUUGCGGCAGCCGUGGACGCGGCGCUGCAGGCCGCUGGCGCCGCCGCCGUGGCGCCGCUCGAGCCCGCCGAGCCGCUGGCGCCGCCGGCCGCCGUGUGCGCGCAGGCGGCCGGCGGCGCGAGUGCGGUCCUGACAGGCGGAGACGCACGCGCCAUGCGGCUGGCAGCGGCGGGCGCAGCGCGCGCGGCGCUGCCGCUGCUGCUGGUGGAGCAGGCGCCGGCCGACGCGGCGUGGGAAGCGCUGCAGCUAUGGCCGCACCCGCAGGUGCUGGCGCAGGCGUGCGCGGAGCUGUGCCGCGCGAAGGGCUGGCGACGCGCCGUGCUGCUGCACGAGGAGGACGCGCGCGGCGCGGCGCUGCUGGCGGCCGGGGACCACCCGCCGACGCUGCUGGCGCGCCAACUGCCGCCCAGCCACGAAGAUGCACUCCUCAGAAACCUUCUGCUGGUGUUGAAGAAGUCGGGCUUCACGCAGUUCAUAGUGUGGUGCGAGGCGGAGUGCGCCGUGCGCGUGCUGGACGCGGCGCAGCGCGUGGGGCUGCUGGCCGAGCGCCACGCCUACAUCGUGCUGGCGCUGGACCUGCACACGCGCCCGCUGCACGACUACAGCCACGGCGGCGCCAACGUCACCGCGCUGCGCCUCUUCGACCCCGAGGCGCCCGAGGUGGCGGCCGUGAUGGCGCAGUGGCGCGCCAUGUACGCGGAGCGGCUGCGCGCGGCCGCCGGCGCCGGCGCGGAGCUGGCGGAGCGCGCGCCCGAGCUGCUGGAGGCCGAGCGCACCGUGGCGGCGCCGCCCACGGCGCUGCUGCUGGCGCACCUGGGCGCGGGGCUGGCGGCCGAGGCCUGGCGCCGCCUGCAACUACCGGCCGCGGCGCACGCGGACUGCGAGCUCGGCGCCGGCGCCUUCCACGCAGACACAUUGCUUAACUACCUCCGUUCGGAGGAGUGGAACGGCGAGGAGGGUGCCGGGCUCCCGGGCGGCGGCGCCGUGACGUGGGAGGUGGACGGCGGGCGGCGCGAAGUGGCGCUGCAGGUGGCGGAGCUGGCGCGCGGCGGGCGGCUGGCGCGCGCCGGCCAGUGGGCGCCGCGCGCGGGGCUGGCCUGGCAGCGCCCCGCGCAGCCCGCCGCCCUGCCGCCGCCCGACUCCAUGACCAACCGCACCUUCACAGUGCUCAUCGCCGAGAACAAGCCGUACGUGAUGAUGCAGGAGUCGAUGCACCGGCUGUCAGGGAAUGAUCGCUAUGAAGGGUUCUGCAUCGAGUUGAUCGAUAAGCUGGCGAAGCUACUGCAGUUCAACUACACGUUCGUGGAGCAGGAGGACGGUGACUACGGCACCAAAGACAACGUGACCAACAAGUGGUCAGGCAUGCUGGGCCGGCUCAUGGAGGACGAGAGCAUCGACUUCGCCAUCACGGACCUCACCAUCACGGCGGAGCGCGAGCGCGCGGUGGACUUCACCACGCCCUUCAUGAACCUCGGCAUCAGCAUCCUGUUCCGCACGCCCAAGCAGCCCGAGCCCGCGAUCUUCGCGUUCCUGCUGCCUUUCUCGAAUGGCGUGUGGCUGUGUCUUGGCUUCGCGUACCUGGGAACGUCGCUGAUUCUGUACGUGGUGGGGCGCUUGUGCCAUGAAGAGUGGCAGAACCCCUAUCCUUGCAUCGAGGACCCUCCGGCACUCGAGAACCAGUUCACUCUGGCCAACGCGCUGUGGUUCAAUUUGGGCGCCGUGCUGCUACAGGGCUCGGAGAUUGCACCCGUGGCUUACAGCACUCGCGCCGUGGCCAGCGUAUGGUGGCUGUUCGCGCUGGUCAUCACCAGCUCCUACACGGCCAACCUGGCGACGCUGCUAGCCACGAAGUCCUCUGAUCAAGUUAUCAACAACGUGCAAGAGCUGGCAGACAAUCAGCUCGGCAUCGAUUACGGUGCCAAGUACGGAGGCUCCACGUACACAUUUUUCGAGCACUCACAGAGCGAGCUGUACCAACGGAUGUUCCAACACAUGCGCACCAGGAAGAUGCCCACCUCCAACCUGGAAGGCAUUCGCAAGGUGGAGAGCGGCAAGUACGCGUUUCUGAUGGAGUCCACGACGAUCGACUACGAGACUGAACGAAACUGUGGCGUCACGAAGGUGGGCUCGCUGCUCGACAGCAAAGGAUACGGCAUCGCGAUGAAGAAGAACUCCAAGUUCCGGCAAGCAUUGAACCUGGGCCUGCUGAACCUGCAGGAGGCGGGCACUCUUCGCGAAAUGCAGAAUAUUUGGUGGAAAGAGAAACACGGCGGUGGUGCCUGCAAGGUGGACGAGGAGCACGAGAGCGAGGAGCUGUCCAUGAGCAACUUCCUGGGGCUGUGGCUGGUGCUGGUGGUGGGCAGCGCGCUGGGCAUCGUGCUGUCGUGCUGCGACCUGGCCUGGGCCGCCGCGCGCCGCGCGCGCCAGCACGCCCAGCGCUUCCAUACGCAGUUCUGGGCCGAGCUGCGCUUCGUCUUCCGCUUCGAGCAGUCUGUCAAACCCUUGCAGGGUCCAUUGAGUGGAUCAUCGAGUGAAUCGGUGCAGUCAGAGCGGUCGGCGCAGUCGGUGCAGUCGUUGCAAUGUGGAGCGGAGGUGGAUGCAGAGGCGGAAGCGGAAGCUGAAGCGGAGGCGGAGCGCGCGCGUUCGGGGUCCGGAUUGGGGCCGGGCGCGCCGCGACGCCGCCGCUCCUCCAUGCACGCCGCCAGCCUGCGACUGGCACGCCACACUACGCGGGACUCCGUCACUCCCGCGCGCCGCUACUGA